AUGUCUGUCUCACUUUCCACCGUUCAGUAUUUCGACAACGCCAACUCUCUAUCCUACGCUGUCACUCCCUGCAUUCAACACUACCCAUUAUCAUCAAAGUCCGGAAGUAUGUUUGACAAAUUGAAGAAGACCUUUUCGACCCGCAAGUCUUCCAAGUCGACAAAUAGCUAUAGCCCACGGGACACAGAAGGCGCUGGACAGAUGCUUGGUAAUGCGCCUACAGGUGCACCGGUGAACAAGAGGAACUCUGCAUCCCGCGACAGUGGCCUUACACUGUUCUCAUACCCCGGCCCGUUUGACUCGGCGUCGCCUGCUACACGAAGACCCACUCAGAAUGCCCCCGCAGUACAUCCAGCCCCGACUACCGAUAUCGAAGAAGACGAUCCCUAUGACUUCCUUCGAAGCUUCGAUACAGUCUUUCUGAUUGAUGAUUCUGGAUCCAUGGCCGGCCGCUCUUGGAAGGAGACUGGCAAGGCUCUUGAAGUGAUUGCACCGAUCUGCACCAAGCGUGAUGCGGACGGAAUCGACAUCUACUUCCUUAACCACCCCGACUCUAGCAUUUACAAAAACGUCACAUCAGCGAGUACCGUCAUCGAGAUCUUUCAGACGGUGCGUCCCAGGGGUGCAACACCGACCGGUCAGCGCCUGAACAAGAUCCUCAAGUCUUAUCUCGAGCGAUUCGUGCUCGACAAGAGUAUCAAGCCCAUGAACAUCAUCGUCAUCACUGAUGGUGUGCCAUCCGACGAUCUUGAAACUCCCAUUAUCAACGCCGCCAGGAAGCUCGACGAGAAAGACGCAGAAGCAUACCAACUUGGCAUCCAGUUCUUCCAGGUCGGAAAAGAGCCUGGUGCCAGGGAGCAUCUCAUGCAACUUGAUGAUGGCCUUAUCAAAAUAGCGCAGAGCCAGGGCUUGGGAGUUCCUCGGGACAUUGUCGACACGGUGCCUUUCACUGGAGACGGGAACGCUGAGCUCACCGGCACAGGAAUACUCAAGGCAACUAUGGGAGCUAUCAAUCGCCGAUGGGACUAUACUUCUAAGGGAAUACAUCAAAAAUAG